AUGCCAACCGUUUCGCUGGAAGACAAAUAUGUUGCGAGCGAAGGACAGGUGUAUCUGACAGGAAUUCAGGCGCUGGUCAGACUCGCGCUCGACCAGGCGCGCCUGGACCACAGGGCAGGUCUGAAGACCGGAGGCUUCAUUUCCGGUUAUCGAGGUUCUCCGCUUGCCGGGUACGAUACCGAACUGAUGCGAGCCCAACGCCAUCUCGACGCGUCCGACGUGGUCUUCAAACCCGGCGUCAAUGAGGAACUCGGGGCGACCGCGGUCUGGGGUAGCCAGAAACUUCGGGGCGAGGGUGGUGUUGGCAGGCCGACUGAAUAUGACGGUGUCUUCGGCAUCUGGUACGGAAAGGCCCCCGGUGUGGACCGGGCCGGCGAUGUCCUGCGCCAGGCGAAUGCAUCUGGAACGGACCGGAAUGGCGGCGUCCUUGCGCUUGCCGGAGACGAUCAUCUUGCCAAGUCGUCGAUCCUUCCGGCUCAGAGUGAAUUUUUCUUCGAACAUGCCGAAAUUCCGGUUCUCAAUCCCGCAGAUAUUCAGGAUGUGCUGGAUUACGGCCUUCAUGGACUGGAAAUGUCGAGAUUUACCAGUCUUUGGACCGCACUGAUCUGUGUUGCCGACACAAUGGACGCUUCCGCGACAAUCAAUGUUUCACAGGACCGGUUGCGGCUUAUGCGUCCGCUGGACGAUGAUCCACGCAAGGACUAUCGCCAGAAUCGCGAUCUGUUGCUUGGCAACCGUUUGGAAACCGAGCGCUUGGUCCGGGACCUCCGCAUUCCGGCAGCCCAGAAUUAUGUUCGUACCAACGGCCUCGACCGCGUGACCUUCGGCACGCGAGGCCAGGUCAAACUUGGCAUCGUUGCCGCCGGCAAGGCUUACCGCGACCUGUUGCAGGCCCUUCACCUGAUGGGCAUCACCGAAGACUUCGCCAGGUCUCUUGGUCUGGCGGUUUACAAGGUUGCGAUGACCUGGCCGCUUGAACCAUUUGGGCUACGGGAGUUUGCGCGCGGCGCAGAACGCUUGCUUGUCGUUGAACACAAGCGCGCCUUCAUGGAAAGACAGAUCAAGGAUAUCUCCUAUCACUGGCCGGAAAUGAGCCGUCCGGAAGUCUGGGGCAAGCGGCGCCCGGACGGUGCACCGUUCCUGUCCGAUGUACUGGAACUUUCGGUGGCCGAAUUGAUCAAGGGGCUGAUGACCUGGUUGCCCCAGGAAAUUGUUUCGGAAGAAAUGGGCGCCGUCGCCGACCGGAUGACCAAGCAGGUCAUGUGGGCGCAGGGGCAUGCCGAACGGGCUGCCCGCAUCCCGUAUUUCUGCUCCGGAUGUCCGCAUUCAACAUCGACCAAGACACCCGAGGGAUCGCGCUCUAUGCCCGGCAUCGGCUGUCACGCGAUGACCGAAAUGGCUGGCCGGACGACGGAAGGUCAGAUCGCAAUGGGCGGCGAGGGCAUUCUGUGGGUCGGGCAACAGCCAUUCUCCGGUGACAGUCAUGUGUUUGCCAAUGUCGGCGACGGAACGUAUUUCCAUUCCGGCAUCCUGGCGAUCCGUCAGGCACUCGCGUCCAAAGUACCGAUAACCUACAAGAUCCUCUACAACGACGCCGUUGCGAUGACCGGCGGACAGAAAGUCGACGGUCAGUUGAGCGUUCCGCAGAUUACCCGGCAGCUGGAAGCCGAAGGCGUUGAACGGAUCGCAGUGGUUUCCGAGAACCCGGAGGCAUUCGGCACCUGGACACCUGUUGCACCUGGGACGACAAUCCACCACCGGGACGAACUGAUGGAUGUCCAGCAGGAUUUUCAGUCGUUCAAAGGUGUGUCGGUCAUCGUCUACGACCAGACCUGCGCUGCGGAGAAGCGUCGCCGGCGCAAGCGCGGCCAGCUUCCGGAUCCCGAUAAGCGGCUUUUCAUAAACGACCGGGUUUGCGAAGGGUGCGGAGACUGUUCGGAUCAGUCGAAUUGUCUGUCUGUUGAACCACUGUCGACGCCUUUCGGCGAAAAGCGGGUGAUCAACCAGUCAAGCUGCAACAAGGACUUUUCCUGCAUCAAGGGGUUCUGUCCGUCCUUUGUGGAAAUCGAUGGCGCAGCCCUUAGAAAGCCCAAGAAGGCCGAUAUCGAUAUCGAUGUUCUGGCCGCAGAAUUGGCUCAGCCGGUGCUUGCCUCUCUGAAGGAAACCCGGAAUGCUCUGGUUGCGGGUAUCGGCGGGAUGGGUGUAACCACGAUCAGUGCGGUUCUGGCCAUGGCUGCUCACGUUGAUGGCAAGCAAGCGUCGACGCUGGAUAUGACCGGGCUUGCACAAAAGGGCGGGCCGGUAACAUCACAUGUCCGCUUUGCCGCCAGCGACAAAUCAAUCGAGGGCCCCCGCGUGCCGACGGCAAGCCUGGAUCUUCUGAUUGCCAGCGAUAUGGUGGUUGCCACCAACGCGGAUCAACUGGCUCUGGCGCGCCGGGGCCACACACUGACAGUUGCCAACACCAAAGUGGCACCGACGGCGGAGUUCGUUCUCAAGCAAACGCUAUCCUUCGACGAAAAGCGCAUGGACACGGCUCUGCGUGAAGCCUCUGGCAGUUAUCUGGCGAUGAAUGCGGCGGAAAUCGCCGAAAAGCUUUUGGGCGAUGCGAUAUACGCCAAUAUGCUGCUCGUCGGCAUGGCUUACCAGAGCGGUGCGUUACCGAUUUCCGGUCAUGCAAUUGAAACUGCUCUUGAGCUGAACGGCGCGGCUGUUGCCAACAACAUCAAGGCUUUCCGGGCCGGACGAGUGCUUGCGGCGGCGCCGGAUAAGCUGCUGAAUGCACUGCCAUCGGAGGCUAAACAGCAGACUCUCACCUUGAGCGAGAAAAUCGCGCUGAAUGAAAGGGAACUCGUAUCCUACCAGGACGCGGCGUAUGCAGCCGGUUAUCGUGAUCUUGUUGAGAAAGUGAAGGCCGCCGACGAAGAACACGGAUCUGGAACCUUGCGGUUGACGCAAACCGUUGCCGACAUGCUCUACAAGGUUCUUGCCUACAAGGAUGAGUAUGAAGUCGCCCGGCUUUAUUCCGAUCCGUCCUUCAAGCAGAAGGUCGCACAGCGAUUCGAGGAUCCGAGAAAGAUCAGGGUUCAUCUUGCACCGCCCAUGCUGGCGCACCGCAAGGAUCCGAAAACCGGCCGCCCGGAGAAGAUUGCCUUUGGUCCCUGGAUUCUCGCAGCCUUCGGUCUACUUGCGAAAUUCAAGACAGCGCGGGGCAAGUGGUAUGACCCCUUUGGCCGGACGGCCGAGCGCAAGGCUGAACGUGACCUGAUUUCUCAGUACAGGUCCGAUAUCGCGGAAAUCCUGAACCGACUGCCGGAUGGAAACUACGGUCUGCUGGUCGAGCUGGCACGUGUUCCGGACCUUGUUCGGGGAUUCGGGCCUGUGAAGGAAGCCAAUCUCAAGAAGGCCGCUGAAAAGCGGCGCGUUCUCCUGGAUCAGCUGAAUUCGAGCGGAAGCGGUGGCGGCGUUCGCAGUGAAGCUGCGAACGAGUUUCUGGAAGCGGCUGAGUAACUGACGCGACCGGAUCGCGUAUCUGAACCGGCGCCUCGGCGCCGGUUUCUUGCGGUGGCAAAUCGAUUGCUUAUCCAGGGUCAAUCCGGUGAUUGUUUCAAAACCAGGUUCGGGUUUCGAAGCGUGCCGGCACGCGGCGAAAUUUUUCCCGCACUCUGGCGUCUUCGUCCGCAACGAUGUCGUCCAGCAACUCUUCCGGGAUGAGGCGCAGGGAUCUGCGGUGCCGGCGGAACGCGAACCAUGCAAACAACAUUUCGAAUACAGAGGUCACGGGCCUGUUUGCGUGAAUGGAUUUGCCACGAUGUGACGUUGAAAAGGGAACUACCUUGGGCAUUGUCUCCUCCAUAAAAAAACAGUUCUCUUAUUUUAUUGGGGAGUGUGCGCUGAUUUUC